UCCCGUUCGGGAUGUUUUGGCUGGAAUCGCGUCCGCUCCACUUAUUUCUGCCAUCUUGAGAAAAUACCGUCUGCGCCGGAUCACACAUCUAAAACCAUGAGAAGAUUGUGCGCACAAGAAGAGUAAAGCAAUGUGCUCCACGAAUCAUCCAGCCAACUGGGUUACGUUUGACGAUGAAGGGACGACCUUCUCCUCACCCCAGAAAUCCCCGUGCUCUCCUACAUCAAACUCAGGUUCGGUACCUCGGCCUAACGGGUUGAAACUUGUUCUGCCAUCCCUGGGAAGUGAAUCAUGGAACUUCAGCUCUGCCAUCGAAUCCCCUUCCAUGGAUUUCAGCCUCAAUGGGAGUUCAUGUGUGCCCAGAAACACUCCUCUGCACACUCCGGCGGGUCCGUCUCCCUUACAUUACGCUCCUCAGGAGCAGCCGGACUUCUCCAGCGGUCUGUCCAGCUUCUCUCAGAGAGACUCCAUGAAGCUGCCUGAAGGCUCUGCUUCUCUCAAUGCACCCUGUGAUGAGCCAGGCCAUUUUAACCCCUUCUGGGGGGAAGCUGAGCAUAAACGAGUGUCCUGGACCUCAUCGUCCGACUCAGACUCUGGACCCAGUUUGCCCUGUUUCUUCAUCCGUUCCAAGGAUGGCAACGAGCCGCCCCAAGACCACCUUCAGUACUCCUACUCCUACAUAUGCCAUAAACUAGAACAGCUGAGAACAGAGGAGAACCAGCAGGAAGGCGAUGAUGGGAAACUGGAAAGGGAGAAGCGACCUUCAGGCUUAGGUGCUGUGAAAGAUCAAGCGAUGAACAGAACUCCGUCCACCUUCGUCUCGCAGGGAUUGUUCCUCAGUCAGAGGAGACACGGUUGGUCCUUGAUGCUUCGGAUCCCAGAGAAGAAGAACCGCAUGUCCUCGCGCCAGUGGGGUCCCAUAUACCUGCAGCUGCUGCCCGGAGCGCUGCUGCAGCUCUUUUAUGAGAAGGGCUUGGAGAAACCCUUCAAAGAGUUCCAGCUGCAUGCCUACUGCGCUCUCUCGGGUCCGAAGCUCGAGAGUUACGGCGAGCCGCGCAAGAUCGCCACGCUGAAGGUCGAGCAUGUGUCGUACGUCGAGAGAAAGCGCUAUCACCCCAAACAUGAGGUGACCCACGAACCAGAAGUGGAGCAACUCUUGAAGUUCGGCACCACAGAAUACGGAGACUUGGAGGACUUGCUGGUGUCCAUAGAAGAAGAGCUCCUGCGGUUACCAGUGCCGCACCAGCAGCACAAACACUAUGAAGAGCAGGAGCUGUCCUUGCAGAUAUCUGACCGCGUCUGGAUGCGGCAGAGUAAGGACGGCGCUGUUCUCGAGUGCACGGCCGUUACACAAAUUCACUGUCUCGCCUUCUUGAACGGGGCGGUGGAGUGCUUCCUAGCUCUGAAUGACCUGGGGCUUCUCAGACAAGCUCCUGCGUACGCCUCUGAUGAGGACGAGGAGGUCUGGAUGGAGAUCGCAGACUAUCAUUUCCAUCGGUGUGUCAGAGAGGCAGAGUUUGUAGACAAGCGGCUGAUUAAGUUCUGUCCUCCGGCUUGUCGAGUGGAGCUGGUGCGCUACAGGACAGUGUCGCUCCACUGCGAGGAGCCCCCGCUCUCUGUUAAAGCCCUGGUGACUGUGCAGGGCGCCUGUGUCGAGCUCCAGGUCUUCCUCAACGUCUUGUCCAGGUUCCCAUCGCCUACAGAGACUGUCUGUGAAAACGUUGUGCUUCAGGUGCCGUUCCCGGGCGACUGGGUCAAAGUGCCCAACAGCAUGUCGCUGCUGCGGCAGAAGUCUCUGAAGGCUCGCAUGAACAGAAACACGUGUCUGGGCUCAGCGCAUGUGGCUGAGUCUCAGUCUGUGAUGCACGUGUCUGUCGGCACGGUCAAAUAUGAGAACGUGCAUCGAGCCGUCGUGUGGAGAAUCGAGCGGCUUCCUCCCAAGAACAUGGCUCUGGAGCAGCCUCAGUCGUUCGCGUGUAAGCUGGAGCUGGCGUCAGAUCAGGAGAUUCCCGCCGACUGGCUCCCGUUUGUCAGGGUUGAGUGUGAGGUGGCAGAUGCGGUGGCGUCCCACACACGCGUGAAAUCUGUGGGCAUCGAAAGUGACGUUCAGCCGCAGAAACACCUGAGCAGCAGGGCACACUACCACUGCCAGGUGGAGAUUGAGAAGAAGCUGAUUGAGGCUGAGUCGGUGAAGCAGUCGAGCUGCGCGGCACAGUGAUGAUGGAGGACGCGGAUCACUGUGUUCAUGUCGCUCACUACAGUGAAAUCACAGAUUCCUUUUUAUUAUUGUCAUUAUUUUUCUACCAUCAUUUCUCAUGUAGAAUUCACACUCCAGUAUGCCACACAUCUAGUACCAUUAAGUAAACAAAUGUUUAUUAACCGUGAGAAUAAUGCAACUAUAUAUAAAUGUAUUCCAGAGUAUUUUAAUAUCUUUAAUGGUCUUAUCCAAUGAGUUAUAAUAUUGCUGCACUUUACAAUUCUGACCCCAUUUUAGAUUUAUACGGGACUGUAAAAAUAUGGGAACAUGCGCAUACAUACAGAUAAUAUGCACCUCUCUGACAAAUGUUUGCAAAACAUACAUUUUACUCAUAAGCCCUGAGACUGUCAGGUGUGCACUAGGAUAGUUUGGGGCAAGCAGAGGAGAAUUUAUUUGCCCAUAAGACACUUGAUCUGAAUGUGCAUGUGACAGUCUCAGGGCUUUUGCUGCAAGUGCAACUUGAGGGCCUGUAGUGUGCGAUUGCUUAGAACGGUUAUUAACUUACGCUUAUGCAUUUACCAUUAUUUAUGUGGUUUCAUGAAGUUAUAUUGUCCUAAGAAGAGAGUGCAUAAUAAAUAAAAGCCUGUUUGUUCACUCUCAUCUCUACUGCUUCAUCAC